UCUCCUUCUGCCAUGGAUCGGUGUAGCACUGCCCGCUGAGCUGAGCCGAGCUGAACUGAGCUGCUGCACUCUAGACAGUGCAGUCGGCCGCGGGUUCGCGGAAGACGAAGGUUAGGAUCGAUGGAGGAGGGCCUUCCCCCAGGGUUCCGGUUCCACCCCACGGACGAGGAGCUCAUCACCUACUACCUCACCCGCAAGGUCUCCGACUUCGCCUUCACCACCCGCGCCAUCGCCGACGUCGAUCUCAACAAGUGCGAGCCAUGGGACCUUCCAAGCAAAGCUAGCAUGGGCGAGAAGGAGUGGUACUUCUUCAGCAUGCGCGACCGGAAAUACCCGACCGGCAUCCGCACGAACCGUGCCACCGAAUCUGGCUACUGGAAGACCACCGGCAAAGACAAGGAGAUUUUCCAUGGCGGCAGGCUGGUCGGGAUGAAGAAAACCCUAGUCUUCUACGGAGGUAGAGCACCCAAGGGCGAGAAGACCAGCUGGGUCAUGCACGAGUACAGGAUCCAGAACAAGUUCCCAUACAAACCAAACAAGGAGGAAUGGGUGGUGUGCAGGGUGUUCAAGAAAACCCAGAUAGUGAAGAUGAGGCACUCACAGGACAGCCCCGACAUGGACUCCCCAUGCAACGACGGCAACGUCUCCCUCGGCGAGCUCGGGGAGCUCGACGUCUCCUCCAUGCUCGGCAGCUUCGGCCCCGCUUCCGGCGAGAACUUCGGCCACGGCCGGGUCGACAUGGGCGCGUACAUGAGUUGGCUGCAGGCGGCUGCAAACCAGAACGCGGCCGCCAUGCUCCCGUGGGCACCGGGGCUUCUGGGUACCGUUUUCGCUGGGAACCCCACGAUGCAGAAAGCGCUAGCACCCUUCGCCGGGUGCAGCCAACAGCUGCCGCGAGACGUCGUGGGUGGUGAUCUUGCCUUGUUUGGUAACGCUAUGGCGAAGGUGGACAUGGAGUGCGAGCAGCAGCAGCCGCAGCUGGAAAUGCACGACUCCACAUGGAGAACCUUCUGAUAAACUCGUCAGUUCGAUAACAAGGGAAAGUAAUGCUAUUACAUAACACAGGUAUAAAAUCAUUGUCGAUAUAGAUACAUUUGUAGCUAAAAAUGGGACAAUCCCCAUGUGUCAAAAUCAACUACAAUUUUACUAGACAAGCAUGUAUGUUUCGUGGGUUCUGUUGAUCUAUCAUCUAUGUCUCGUCUGUAACAAAUUAAACAUUGUACCUCUGUCCAUUUGUUACGAAAUUAAAGAAGGAAGUGUACGGCUUUUCUCA